AUGCGUUUUAUUGCAAACAUCGCUCUUCUGAGCGCCACCUCCAUCUUUUUCGCUGUUGCAAUCCCGACAGGACCAUUCCCGGCUGUUGGAAAUGAGCUGCCAAAUGGUCUGCCAUACCCAAGCCCCAGUGAACUGUCUCUCAUCGAGCAGAAAUCCCAAGGAACACUACCAAACGGUCCUGUCCCGCCAGUCGUCAGCAACAAAGGUCUCAACAAUCUCAAGCUGAUUGCUUUCAACGAGCUCUUUGAGGUCGCUUUCUUUGGCGAGUUGAUCCAAAACAUCACUGAGAAGAUCGACGGCUACCGCUUCACCGACGGUGGUGAUCGUGACUUUGUCCUUCGCUCCCUGCAGGCCAUUCUCGCUCAAGAGGAACUUCACGCAAUUCGGGCCAACAAUGCCUUGGUUCAUUUCAAGCAGAGCCCCAUUGAGCCCUGUGUCUACACCUUCCCCGUUGAGGACUUUGAUUCGGCCAUUUUGCUCGCAUCCACCUUCACAUCGGUUGUUCUUGGUACCUUGCAGGAUGUGAUUGAAAGAUUUGCCCUUGGUCAAGAUGUCGACCUUGCUCGCGAGAUUGCAUCGGUCAUUGGUAAUGAAGGAGAGCAACAGGGUUGGUUCCGAGUGAUGCAGGGUCGUAUCCCAAAUGAUCUUCCAUUCGUGACAACCUCGGACCUGAACUUCGCUUUCACCGCUAUCCAGGGAUUCGUGGUCCCUGGAAGCUGCCCGAACAUCAAUGAGAUUCCACUUCGCACUUACGAGCCCUUGACCAUCAACACCGCUCCGGGCCCGAAAUCGGAAAACAUCACAUUCCAAUUCAACGAACCCGGCAACGAAACCGAGAACACCUUGUGGUUGACCUACAUUAACCAGCUCAAUCUGCCUGUUGUCGAGCCUUUGACCUUUGUCUCACGAAAUGGAAGUGACGUUGUCGCCCAGGCUCUUUUCCCAUACGAUGAACAUUCAUUGAACGGCCUUACUAUCGCAGCAGUGACGAAGAACAAGGGACCGUUCGGUGAUGCAAAUUCUGUGGCUAAGUGGACCCUUGCUGGUCCUGGUCUUAUCGUUGUCAAUUAA